CCUACUUCCCAGACGGAGUGUUAUUGCAAUGAGGUGAGGUUUGUGUGUGUGUGUAUGUGUGUGUGUGUGUGUGUGCACUGCUGCAUCUUUCACCCCUCGCUGGAUUGCUUCUCCUGUUUGAGCAUAUUUAAAGAGGAAUCUUGGCUGUUGUUUUUGGCAUCAUUUGAGAGAGGAAUCAUCAUGGGCUGCUGCUCGGCACGAUGCAUGCUGGUCCUCCUGUGCUGUCUGCAGCUGAUGACUGCACUGGAGAGACAGGUCUUUGACUUCCUUGGCUUCCAGUGGGCUCCCAUCAUGAUAAACUUCAUUCACAUCAUCGUGGUCAUCCUGGGCCUCUUUGGUGCCAUGCAGUACAGACCACGUUAUCUUAUUCUGUACCUUCUGUGGAUUCUGUUAUGGCUCAGCUGGAAUGUCUUUGUUUGCUGCCUCUACUUGGACUUGGGAGGGCUUUCCAAGGAGAGUGACGUUCUCUCCCUCGGAGUGUCGUUGCAUGGCUCCUGGUGGAAGGAAAACGGCCCAGGCUGUCAAAGUCAACUUCUUCCAUCGACUGACUGGCAUAACCAUGGAAACCCAGAGCUGACUACCGUGCUGAGCUGCUGGCUGGAGUACCAGUAUAUAGAAGUCCUGCAAGGCAUCAUCCAGAUCUUCAUAUCACUUCUAGCAUUUGUUUAUGCUUGCUAUGUGGUCAGUCUUUUCUCCAAUGAAGAGAACUCGUUUGAUACCACUGAUGAGUGUCAUAGCCCACCCAAACCUCCACACUUCUUCUACUAAACAGCUGUGAUAUAUUAUGAAUAAGGAACCUUGUUGACAAAGGCAACAACACUUGUGAUGACAUUUCUUCGGCAGUUUAUUUAAACUGUACAAUUCAUGGAGGUUAAAGUGCAGUAUCGUGUAAAUAUAUGUGUGUGAAUCUGUGUGUAUUUGAAAUAUGUAAA